AUGGAAAUACAUUUAGACUUGUCUGAUGACUCCGAUGAGGCCUUGCGACGCCAAAUGGAAGGGAAGUCAAAGUCAUCGCAAUCUUCACAAAAGAAUGCAGGGAGCCCUCGAAAGAAAUCUGGAUCGGGUAUCAUUACUAAGAAAGUAGAAAUCAAAACCCCCCCUGGAUUUCAGGACUCUAUCCACUUCACCACCUCGCGGUCGUUGGACUCAAAAUCAGUAUUCACGUACCGUUCCGGUGAAAGCACGGUUGUUGUUUCAAACAAAAAGAAUGAUGUUGCGAGACCAUCUUCUCCCAGUGGAUUUUCGAGCGUGGUGUCGAGUCGGAGAGAACGAAAGCGAGCCGAAUCACCAACGAGUUCUGUGUGGUCUCUGUUCAGUGAUAAAUCCCUUUUCAGUGAAAAAACACCCAGCAUGCAUUCCAUCAGCGAGUCAUCUCCACGAAUUGACUUUGCCGAUGAUAAUAAUGCAUUCAAGAAGAAAGCUACGACAAGUCCUGAAUCCAUGAAACGAGAGGAAAGCAUUGCCGAGGAGAAUAAAGCAAUUGACUGCAUUGAGAAGUUUCCUGCAAACGUCAAUGAAGAGGUGUCGAACAGUGGACCGAUUGACCCAUUGCCGCUCUCCAACUCGCACCAACCACCAAUAAUGGAUGGCCGCAUGGACGAGGUAGCGGACGCAGAAAGUACAGUGGGGACAGUCUCAGAUACAGAUUGGUCAAUUGAUUCUAACCAAUACAAUAGCACCAAGUAUGGAUACGCCGGCUACGGAAGCGGGCCUCCGCCAGGAAAGAAGAAACAUAAAAACAGGCAAGAGCUCAAGGACUUGGCCCCACCAGAAUGUCAGAUAUUACACGGGGGAUACCGGCAUACAAAGCUAUAUUGGCUCUUUCGUCUAGUGAUUACUUUGUUCUGUGGCUGUGGUGCUCUCAUCGGAAUGAUAUACUCCUACGACAUUGGAAUACGCCUCUUGGAAGCGGAGAACGGAAGAUUUUCCUUUGGAGUAUAUGGCGCUGGUCUCCUCAUGUACUUGGCAAUUGAAUCGAUUUUUGCAUCUCUCGAAAAUAGGCGGGUUGAAAAGCAAGCUCCACCCACAAACUAUGAGGAAACGGCAACGAAGACGAUUGCACUCCAAAUCUCAGCAUAUCAAGAAGACCCUCAUUAUUUUCGUGAGUGCCUAAUGGGGGCAAUGAAUAUGAAGUAUCCCCGCGACAAAUUCAAGGUCAUCUGCUGUAUCGAUGGAAAUGAAGCAGAUUCAGUAUAUAUGGCCCAGAUUUUCAACGAUGUAGUCAGAGGCAACGGCCAUGACCCGGCAUUCUUCCGAUGGGACUACAACUUUCACGAGCUCCCAGAGGGUCUUAAUGACAGUGAUAAUGGAGUGAGCACUCUGAACGAAUGCAUCGAAAUGAAUCAAUUUGUAUGUCUGAUGCAAAAAUGGGGUGGAAAGCGCGAAGUGAUGUACACCGCGUUCAAAGUACUGAAAGAAAAAGCUGACUAUGUUCAGGUUUGUGACUCCGAUACUCAGCUAGAUUCAAGGGCUAUGGUCGAGCUUGCAUGGAUUCUAGAUUCUCAACCAAAUACUGGAGCUGUUGGCGGGGAUGUUAGAAUUUGGAAUUCGGGUGACUCCUUUGUGUCCUUCUUGAGUAGUCUCCGCUAUUGGAUGGCAUUCAACAUCGAGCGAGCGUGCCAAAGUUAUUUCGGUUGCGUUUCUUGCAUCUCUGGACCAAUUGGGCUUUACCGCAUGUCUUUGAUUAACAAGAUUGUCGACUUGUGGUCUGAUCAAAGGUUUCUUGGCCAUGUUUGCACGUUUGGUGACGAUAGACAUCUGACCAACCGAAUUCUGCAGAUGGGCUACGCCACAAAGUACACACAACGAUCAUUCUGCAAGACAGAAACACCGUCAACAUAUUUGCGCUGGUUGUCUCAACAAAUCAGAUGGACAAAAAGCUACUACCGUGAAUGGUUGUUCAAUAGUAUGUGGUGGCACAAACAUCAUUUGUGGAUGGCGUGCGAAGCAAUUUUUUCAGGCGCUUUCCCAUUCUUAAUCAUGUACACGAUGAUCAGAAUCACAUGGUCGGGAGAGCUCUGGGUGCUAAUUCAUCUUCUUAUCAUCAUCCAGCUGGUCGGCCUUCUCAAGGGCCUCUUUGCAAGUCUAGUUCGAAGAGAUCCUGUCAUGAUUUUCACAAGUCUAUACUCCUCUCUUUACGUGAGCUCGCUGUUACCUUCGAAACUUUUUGCGAUUUUGACGAUUGGAAAGAAGAGCUGGGGGACAUCUGGUCGCAAAAACAUCUUGACAAACUACAAUCCAUUGAUUCCCGUAUCAACAUGGGUGCUGACUAUAUCAAGCGGUGUGAUUUACUCGGCUAUCGCAAAUGAUUAUAUGAAGGAAGGGGAAAUUGCGUUUCUUGGCAUUGGCAUUGGCGUUUAUGCCGGAUACUGGCUGCUCAUGGUUGUUCUGUGGAAAUUACGUCUACAGAAACAUCACACCACCAAGAAAAUGAUUGUCAAUGAUUCCAUUAUUGGCUCCAGAACAAACUUUUCCAAAAAUGUCAGACCGCAAAUAUCUUUGGAGAUACGAGAUGGUGUUGUGGACGACGAUGCUGCCGGACGGGAGGCAAAAGCAAUUCUAGCUAACUUGCGAGAUAUCGAAAACGGUCGCCAUCUUCCAAAUCCAUAUGCGUCAAAGACUUCGAAUGAAGGUCCGCCUGGGCUCGACGAAGCCGUUUUGCGAUUGUCAGCUUCGUCCUCUUCUCAUGGACCAAUUUCCCCUUCCGUAUCGAGCGUUUAUAGCUAUGACAACUUGAUUGAAGAUAUCCGUCGAAAUGAAGAGUCUGCUGGAGGCAUGAACGACAGGAGCAUUGAAGUGAUCAAGUUAUAA